AUUACAAUCAAACAAUCUUUCCUUUUCUCCUGUUGUUGUGAUCCCCUGCAACUAUUCUUCCCAUCAGGUAUGUCCACCUCCUUCAAUUCCCAUCUCUCUCCACAAAACUCAUUUCUAAAACUAUGCUGCAUUCGCAACCACCAUCAUUCUCUUUUUCUUUUUUGCCAGGGGUCCCAACCAUUGAGCAAGUAGGAGCUAAGGCGGUGUUUUGCGGCCGCAGCGGCCCCAUUUUACGCCGGAAAAAGCAGCUCUUAUUAAUGUGUUUGCGAGAGAAGUAGCCAGCAUACGUCAACAUGUCUUCCUCCAAUUCUUCAACACUCUCACCACCCUCUGACGAUGAUACUCCCUCUUCUGAUCAGAGCCCACCAUCACCCUCAUCGUCAUCACCCUCGCCACCAUCCUCGUCCACCCAAGAUGAUUCUGAUGAUUCUUCAUCAUCAUCACCACCACCAUCACCGCCAUCACCGCCGCCACCCUCCCAAGAUUCCUCCUCCCCGUCAUCAUCAUCACCUCCAGCGCCGUUACCACCCACGCCAGCCUCACAAGAUUCCUCUCCUCCUGCUACCCGACCUCCAGGAUCAUCCUCCGGCGAGGCAUUAGUACCGUCUCCUCCAGGAACCUCACCAUCAGGGUCUAAGGGUCUUGGCAAUCUCUUCAGUGAUGAUUUGGGACACAUUGUAGCAUACGUUUCAAUAGGAGUUUUUUUUCUUAUCCUUCUCAUUAUUGCCAUUGUUUGCAUAAGAAGAAGGUCCAAAAAGAAGAAGCAGCAACAACAACAGAAGUUGUACUACUAUGGUGGAGAUGCACCUGAUCAACAAAAAACUAACUACUACUACAACAACAACAAUGGUGGGAAGAAUCAAAAUUACUACGGAGGAGGUGGUGGUCCAGCAAAUCAAGAACAUGUAGUGAGGAUGCCAAAUGGAAUGAUAGGGAUGGGAAUGGUUCCGGGUCCUAACGCCGGUGUUGGUGCUGCUUGGGGUGCACAGCAACCUCCUCAGAUGAUUAUGUCAAACGGCUCAGACUUGAGCUCGAAUUUCUCGAUGGGGCCUCCGCCUCUGCCUCCUCCGUCACCGGGUAUUACAUUAGGCCUCAAGGCUGGCACCUUCACCUACGAAGAACUCGCAGCAGCAACAGGAAACUUUGCAGAUGCAAACAUGAUAGGGCAAGGUGGAUUCGGUUACGUCUACAAGGGAGUGUUCCCUAACGGAAAGGAGGUGGCCGUUAAGACUCUCAAGGCCGGUAGCGGUCAAGGUGAGCGCGAGUUCCAGGCUGAGAUUGAGAUCAUCAGCCGUGUUCAUCAUCGCCACCUUGUUUCUCUUGUUGGUUACUGCAUUGCCGGUGGCCAGAGAAUGUUGGUCUAUGAAUUCAUCCCUAAUAACACCUUGGAAUAUCACCUUCAUGGUAAGGAUCUUCCUACCAUGGAUUGGCCUACCAGAAUGCGCAUUGCCAUUGGAGCUGCUAAGGGACUUGCUUAUCUUCAUGAAGAUUGUCAUCCUCGCAUCAUCCAUCGUGACAUCAAAGCUGCCAAUGUCCUUAUUGAUAGUAGCUUCGAAGCAAAGGUGGCUGAUUUCGGAUUGGCUAAGCUGACGACAGAUAAUAACACUCAUGUUUCAACUCGUGUCAUGGGAACAUUCGGGUACUUAGCUCCUGAAUAUGCAUCAAGUGGAAAAUUGACAGAGAAGUCUGAUGUAUUCUCGUUUGGAGUGAUGCUAUUAGAAAUCAUAACCGGGAAGCGCCCUGUGGAUCUCUCAGGUGCCAUGGAUGACAGCUUAGUUGACUGGGCACGGCCACUACUGAUACGUGGGUUGGAGGAAGACGGCAACUUUGGAGAAUUGGUAGAUCCAUGUUUGGAAGGAAACUACAACAAACAAGAAAUGACAAGAAUGGCAGCUUGCGCUUCUUCCAGCAUCCGUCACUCUGCCAAGAAGCGUCCAAAAAUGAGUCAGAUUGUAAGGGCGUUGGAAGGAGAUGUGUCAUUGGAUGACUUGAAGAAUAUGGGUAAGGCAGGUGCAAUUGGUGGUAGCGGUGGUGGUGUCCUGAACCCUUCAGGAGGAGGGAGCAGUGACUAUGACACAAUGCAGUACAAUGCUGAUUUACAAAAGUUCAGAAAAACGGUGUUUUCAAGCCCGGAAAACACAAGCGGUAGUAGUGGUGAGAGGCCUUAA